AUGGCUACAAAACGACCAUGGCCCCUAGUACCCGGCGGCCCCACUGUUCCUGGUUACGGUAGCGGCCAGAGUGACGGUGGGGCAGGGGGUGCUAAGAAUCCCCGGUUCGGAUCCGGCUACCACAAACGACGACCCUUGGCCCUGGCAACACUAAACACGCGUACACUGCGUACGGACGAGAGGAUCGCGGAGCUGGAAGAAGAAUUGAGCAAGUUACGUUGGGACGUUAUAGGGUUAUCAGAAGUCCGAAGAGAGGGGGAGGACACGAUAAUCCUCAAGUCCGGUAACUUGUUCUUCUUCCGGGAGGGCGACCAACAGUCGCAGGGUGGUGUCGGGUUUAUCGUCCACAAGUCCCUCGUGAACAAUGUGGUGAAGAUCGAGAGUGUGUCGACUAGGGUGGCGUACUUGAUACUCAGAAUAACCAAACGGUAUUCGCUGAAGGUCAUACAGGUCUACGCACCGACUUCGACACACUCCGAUGAAGAGGUUGAAAUUAUGUAUGAGGAUAUUUCACGAGCCAUACAUAGUUCCAAAACCUUUUACACCGUUGUCAUGGGGGACUUCAACGCGAAACUGGGCAAACGGGACGGAGGAGAGCUGCGAGUGGGAAAUUUUGGAUAUGGACAGCGCAACCACCGGGGCCACUUGCUGGCCGGCUUCAUGGAGAAGGAGGGACUCUACAUGAUGAACUCCUUCUUCAGGAAGCAAGAGCAAAGAAAGUGGACCUGGAUGAGCCCAGACGGUGCUACGAAAAAUGAGAUAGACUUUAUCAUGUCGACGAGAAAGCAAAUAUUCAAUGAUGUCUCAGUGAUCAAUGCGGUUAGAACCGGGAGCGAUCACCGAAUUGUACGAGGCACAUUGAAUAUCGACGUAAAGCUUGAGCGCCGUCGGCUGUUAGGGUCUACGCUCCGGACAGCACCAAUCCUAAUCCAAAACUCCGAAAACUUUCAGCUGGAACUCCAGAACCGAUUCGAUUGCCUAGGGAGUAGCGUGGAUGAUAUAAAUGACGGGUUCGUGCAAGCAGUUCAGGCGGUGGGUACUAAGUUCUCUAAGACCCACCGUAGAAGCUCGUCCAGGAAACUCUCAAACCACACUCUUGAGCUCAUGAGGGAAAGGCGAGACAUGACUCUGCACUCCGUGUGAGUUGUCGACGAAUAUGUCUACCUGGGGCAGACUGUCCAGCUAGGUAGGUCCAACUUCGAGAAGGAGGUCAAUCGCCGAAUCCGACUCGGAUGGGCAGCGUUUGGGAAGUUGCGAGAUAUCCUCUCGUCCCAAGAUUUACCGCAGUGUCUCAUGACGAAAGUCUUUGACCAGUGUGUGUUGCCAGCGAUGACUUACGGAACUGAGACGUGGCCCCUCACUGCGGGCAUCAUUAGGCGGCUCAAAGUCACUCAAAGGGCAAUGGAGAGGGCAAUGCUCGGAGUCUCUCUGCGAGAUCGCGUCAGAAAUGAUGCGAUCCGCAGCAGAACCAAAGUAACCGACAUUGCCCGAAGAAUUGCAAACCUUAAGUGGCGAUGGGCUGGCCACAUUGCCCGCAGAACAGACGGCCGAUGGGGCAGAAAAGUCUUAGAGUGGCGGCCACGGACAGGUCGACGCAGCGUGGGUAGGCCUCCUGCAAGAUGGACCGAUGACCUGGUCAAGGUUGCGGGAGUGCACUGGAUGCGGGCGGCUCAGGACCGGUCAUUGUGGCAGUCGAUGGGGGAGGCCUACGUCCAGCAGUGGACAAUUACAGGCUGA